AUGAAAUUUUUUAAAUUUUUUACAUUGAUAUUUUUGUUUGGAUCCUCUGUAAAUGCUCAAUCAUGUCAAAUUCUACAAUAUGAAGGAUAUGAUGAAGAUGAUGGAUGUGCGAGAAUUCACAAUGAAUAUGUUACAAAAAACACAACUUUCUUCACUUAUAACGAUGUAAGAGAUUGUUACAUGAGUUUUCCAUUCGAUAAAGAAAUAGCUUCUCAGGCAAAAGAACCUCCACAAGGCAGAUUUAAUUUUAGACCGAUGGAUCUACUGGCUCAAUUGAACCGUUUACAAAGAAAGCGUUACGAAAAUUUAUAUCAAUUUAUGGACCGUGUUAGAAUGCUUAUUUUUGAAUUGAAAGAUGCACACACGAGUUUUGUGACGAAUUGUUUUUCUUCAUUCGUCUUUUAUACAAAUUUAACAUUAUAUUCUAUAGUUACUGAUGAUGGUGUACAGAAAAUCAAAGUUUUCAAUGACACCAUUGAUCCGACUAAUAAUAAUUGUGAGGUAACUCAUAUUGAUGGUCGCAGGGCGAUUCAAGUGAUUACCGAAUUUCCUAAUUAUAUCUCAAGAGAUCUCGGCGUAAGAUUUAACGCAGCUCUUGAUAUUAACUAUCCAGGCAUCGCAUUUUCAACCCGAGUUGAUUUACCAAAAACACCAAGCAUUACUUACACUUUAAAUUGUGAUAACCACCCUAAAUAUGUUAAAAGAAAUUGGAGUGUGAUUGGUAUUGAAUCAAUCCUAAAUAAUUUCAAUAAUUCGAAAACUUAUUUUUCCAAUAUUUGUAAAAACUCUACCGCUUAUUAUUAUCAACAACUUAAUAACAAACUUAUAGAGAUUAAAGAAGCACAAAAGAAUGUUUAUGAUGUAAGAUCAAAUGAACAUGUUACAAUAAUCUAUGAUAUUAGAGACUUUAUUACCUUUUUCAAAAAACAAGAUUUCGGUGUUGUUAGAAUUUGGACUGAAAGUGUUCAUUUAAAUAAUACAUUGGCCAUUAAAAUUAUUAAAGGAUUUCAAAAAUUGGUAAAUACAGGAGUUAAAAAAGUCGUCUUUGAUUUAUCCGACAAUCUUGGUGGUUUUGUUCUGAUCAGCAACUUUAUCAGUCUUCUCUUAUUUCCUGAUACACACGCUUUCUUUGAUAUGGAUAUCAGAAUCACUGAUCAAUUAAAACUUGUAUUGCAAGAUCUAAUAAAGCUGGACGAAAUUGUUUCUUCAAAAGAUCUAUCAAAAUUUCGAUGUGUAGAUGAAUUUAUUGGUAAUAAUGUUCAUACACGUGGUGGUGUUACCGAACAUUAUUCAAAUAGAUUUCUUUUAAAUGAUCCAUAUGAUUAUAAAGAUUUAAUAUCUCAGCAUUUAAUAACACCUCUACCUUGGAAAUCUGAUGAUUUAAUUAUUUUAACAAAUAGCAUAUGUGGAUCUUCUUGCACUCUUAUCGCAGAAGGUGCUGCAGAAGUUAAUAAUAUAGCUACCGUAGCAGUUGGUGGAUUUGUAGAUUCACCUUUGUCAUAUGCUUCUUGUCCAGGUGGAAUUGUUAUUGAUUCAACGCACAUAUUUAAUAUUAUAUCUAAAUUAAAUUUACAAAAUAAUACUUUAAUGCCUAAACCUUUUAUUCUAGGUGGAAAACUUACUUUUCUAUCUUCAGAAUUUUACAGUAUAAAAAAUUCCGAUCAACUAUUAGAAUUUUUGUAUAAACCUGCUGAUUUUAGGCUGUUUUAUGAUGAUAAAAGUUUUAGAGAUCAAACCAUAUUAUGGUCACAAGCUGCUAAUUUUAUUGGAAAGAAGUCUAAGAUUU